AUGACAAAUCUCGAUUUUUUACGUCAAAUUGAAACAGCUGUUCUAUCAUGUGUAUCAUCAGAUCCAAUACGUCGUCAACAAGCAUAUACAUUUGUUGAAGAAAUUAAAUCAAAUCCAACACAAUCAGUAUCAGUUGGUUUCGAAUUUUUUAAUAAAAAUCAACAAUUUGAUCCAUUAGUUAAACAUUUUGGUUUACAAUGUAUUGAAGAAACAAUAAAAUAUAAAUGGACAUCACUCGAUCCACAAUUAAAAUUAUCGAUUAAAGAACGUUUGUGGUUAUUAAUGACAGAACAUGAUCAAUUACCUGUUCAUCUUAAAACAAUUUUAGUUCGUUGUGUUUGUGAAAUAGCUAAACGUGAAUGGCCUCAACAAUGGCCAUUAUUUCUUGAUGAACUUGUUGCAUUAUCAAAAUUAAAUUCAACAAAUGAUUAUUCAUUAUUAAUAUUAGCUUAUCUUAUUGAAGAUGUUAUUGUUCUUCAAACAUUAAAUUCAAUACGUAAACGAGAUAUUCAAACAACAUUAUUACAACAUGGUACUAAACUUCUUGAAUUUAUUGAAUAUUUUCUUGAUUUACCAAAUACAAUAUCAAGUUCAUUAUAUGCAUUAACAAUGUUUGCAACAUUUCUUCCAAUUGAUAUAUUUUUUUCAACAAAAAUUAUUGAUAAAAUUGUUUAUUUACUUAAUUCAUCUAUACAUCGAAUGAAAGCAGCUGAAUUUUUAAGUGUUAUUUCAGAUCGUCGAGGAAAAUAUGAAGAACGUUUACCAUUAUUACAACUUUUUUCAUAUUUAUUUCAAAAUGGUUCACAUUAUAAUGAUUUAUAUACCGUAAUAAAAACUCAACAAUCAAAUGAUAUAUAUGAUUUUAUGAAACAAUAUGCUAUGGUUAUAACUGCAUUAUGUGAUCAAUUAUGUUAUUUAUGUGGUGGUGAAGAUUUAAAUAAAAAAACUUCAUUACCAGAACAAUUUUCAAAUGGUAAAUUUUUACAAGUAUUAUUAACAUUAAUGCAACAUCCAAGUAUUUAUAUAUCAUUAUAUGGAUAUCAAAUGUGGUUACAAUUAAUUAAAGCUAAUAUAUUUCAAGAUAAUGAUUAUCAAAAUAUAUUACCUAUUGUUCUUCGAGCUUUAUGUCAUUCAUUAGUUAAACAACCAUAUAAGAAAACGGACGUUGAACAAGAUAUUGCAUCGUAUUAUAUUCAUCAUGAUUUUGAGGAUGAAUCGGAUUAUCAGAAGUUUAUCGGUAAAAAUCGUGCUAUUCUAAUUCGAUCAAUUAAUAGUAUAUGUAAAACAAGUGAAAAUUUAUCCAUAGCAAUACGUAUUGGUUUUGAUUAUGCUGAUUAUUGUUUUCAAUCAGUAAAUAUUCAAAAUCUUCUUCUUUUCGAAUCACUUGUUGCUUACUGGCAAAUCAUAGAAAAACAUUUACGAUCAUUAUUAAAACCAAUUGAAUCAUUUAAUAAUUCAAAAUUACUUUCAAAUACAGAUGAAAUAUCAUUUUGUCAACAUGGUCAAAGAUUAAUUGAACAAUUAUUAUUAAUAAAUAGUGAUAAUAAUCUUGAAUUUUUGGCUUAUUCAUUACGUCUAUUAACAAAUUUAUAUGUCUUUACACGUGGUGAAAAUACAUGGACACAACGUAUACUUGAACAUUUAUUUCGUACAAUAACAACUGAACGACAUAUAGUAUCAAAAUUAAAUCCAUUACAAAAACAAGCUAGUUGUUUAAUUGAUCUUUGUUUAAAUUAUGGUCAUUCAAUAUUUAUUUAUUUUAAUGAUUUAUUUAAAGUAACACAAGAUUUAGUUCGACAACAAACAUCAUCAGAACAACAAACUAAACUUGCUGGUUGGCAAUGGAGUGUAUUAGUUGAAUGUUUAGCUAUAUUAUUGAAUCAUUUUGAUUCAUUUCAACAACAAGCUAUUUUUAUUAAUGAACUUGUUCAACCUUUUGCACAAAUAUUGAAUAACUUUAAUUCAAAUGUGAAUGAUUUACAAAGUUUUAUUGAUUAUAUUGGAAUAAAAACAACACCCGAUGCAACAUCUACAAGUAAUCAACGUCUAAUUUUUCUCAGUGUUCAUAUUCUUUGUGGUUUUUUACGUCGUAUAACUCUCCCAAAUGAUCCUUCAAUAUGUUCUAAUGGUGGUUAUCAAGAAACUUUCGAUGGAAUUAUUUUUAUUCGUAAUCCAGCUUCACCUGCUUUUAUUCAAUUAACUCAUUGUUUAUUUAAAUUAUUAACUUAUUGUCAUGCAUUACAUUCUCCUAAUUCUCCAUUAUCACAAUCUUCAUUUUCAUUUCUAUCAACAAUGACUGAUGCAGAAAAAGCUGUUUAUCUUCAACAACAAGAUAAUAAUGAUGACAUUAAUAUAUCAUCAAUGCCAACAAAUUCAUUAAGUUUAUCAAUAAAUGAUCGUCGUUUACAUAAUCGUUUUUCAUCAUUUCUUGAUCGUUUAGAAAUUUUAAUUGGAAUUUAUUUAACAUUAAAACCUGAUUUAUAUAAAUUAAAUGAUUCAUUAAAUAUAAUUGGUACAACUUUAUUUUCAUCACUUGAUCAUUUACCUAAUUUUCGUUUACGAAAUAUAAUUCGUUAUUGUUUUUUACCAUUUGUUCGACAUUGUCCUAUUAGUACAAUGAUUAUUGCUAUAUUUGAAUCAUUACUUCCAUUUAUGUAUACAAAAUUAAAAGAUAAAUGGAAAAUAAUUACUGAAAGACAAAGUAUUAAAGUAACUAAUGGAAGUGUUCAUGAAAAUAAUGAUGAUCAUUAUCAAACACAAGAUCGAUGUGAAGAAGAAGUUAUCGAAGAACAAGUAACAUGUUAUUUAACUCGUGAUUUUAUUGAUGUAAUCAAAAAUCUAUUAGCAUCUCAAAGCAAUACCAGUGAUCAUACAAACCAAUUAAUUAAUAGUAAUGAUAUCGAUGAAACAAGUAUGGAUGAAAUGAUGACUACAGAUGAACAAAAUAUUGGUGAUGUUCCUUCACGUAAAUCAACAAUACAAUCUCGUUAUCAACAAAUACCAAGUGAAUUUAGUUUAAAAAUUUUACAAGAUUCAUCAAUAAUAUGUCAAUACUGUUUAUUAAUUCUUUUCGAUGGACUUUCAUGGCCAGAUACAUCAUCAAUAACAAAAAUGUCACAUAUAUGUCAAUCAUUAAUUAAACAUCUUUCAAUAUUAAUAAAUGGUAAUAAUGAUUUUUUAAGACAACUUUAUAUCUAUAUAUUAUGUGCACUUAAAAUCCAUGGUGAUAAUGAACCAAUUGUUUGUACAUUACUUUCAUUAGCUGUAUUAAUGUAUGAUACAUUUCAACAAACAUCAUCAAAUUUAUUUGAUAGUGUUCUUAUGGAAAUACCUGAUGUUACAAAUGAACAAGUAAAUAAUUAUCGUGAUAAAAUGCAACGACAAAUCAAUGGUAAACCAUUAAGUGAUAAACAAAAACGAGAUAUGUUAAAACAAUUAGUACAACCAUUAAUGGGUCAAAAUGUUGCACAAAUGUUUAAACGUGAACCAUUAGCACUCAAUAAUUUACCACCAUUAAUACGUUUUUCCAAACGUUCACUUCAUCCGGUUUUACAACAUCAACAACAAUUAAAUACAGAUAAUGACGAGGAUCAUGGAUUAGCUAAUCUAUUUCAACAUACUGAUGACUAG